AUAACAUGGUGAUCCUUUCUUGUUUUCUUCUCUUUUUCUUCUCUUUUUCUUCUCCUGUUUUGCUUCUCCCUUUUUUCUUCCCCUUUUUUUCCCCCUCGCAAAGGCAUCAAAUGUCAUCACCCUCCACAAUGCGCAGCUUUUGCGGACCCCAUUUUAAGUCAGCAAAAAGGGGUCCUCCGUAAAAAGCGCGAUACGUAUAUGUACACCAUAUUGACCGCAAAGGGGAAAGGCCAUUUUCUCCCCCUAUCAUUCCUCCCCUACUUUUCUUCGCCUAUUAUUCCCCCCCCCAUCAUUCCUCUCCCACUUGUCACUCCCCAACAAACACGCACCUUUCGGUAUGCCGCUCGUGGAGUACGUCAAUGAGGAGGGGUACAGACUUGACGGGCGAAAGGAAGACGAGUGCAGGUUGAUAAAAAUCAACGUGGGGAACGAAAAUAUAUUUACGGACGCAGACGGAUUUGCAUUUUACGAAAUAGGAAACACAAAACUGUUGUCGUACAUACAAGGACCAACUGAACUGAAGAAGUCGGAAGAAAAGUGCUCAAUAAAAUGUGAAGUGUUCCUCUCUCCAUUUAAUGUGUAUGAAAAAAAAAAAAAAAAAACCAAAGAUAGCGUAACAAAUGAAAUAAGUGCGUACAUAAGAAAUAUCUGUGAAAAUAUUAUCCUCCUGGAUUUAUAUAAAAAUUCAGAAAUAAAUAUUUUCCUUUACAUAAUAGAGCGUGAUGGAGGGGUGAAGCAUGCCGCCAUAAACACCUGCAUCCUGGCAUUAAUUGACGCAGGCAUAGCGAUUAAGUACUUUAUAUCUGCCUGCUCAGUUCUGUUCUUACAAAAUCGUAUCCUUGUGGAUGGGAACCAAUUAGAAAUUAACUCGGGUGCCCCCGAACUGACUAUGGUCAUUGAACUUAACACGCAUAAAAUUGUUUUGCUAGAAUUUGAUGCGGAGGUCCCUAUAGACAUUUUCGAAGCCAUGGUUCGCACCUGCAUGGAUUGCUGUAUCAAUCUGGGCAACGUCAUGAAAUUAACUGUGAAGGAAAACGCCAUCAAGCUGUUGUGUUUAAAUAAUAUGUUAAACGCCUGA